AUGAAUAAAAAAUGCUUGAUUAUUCGUUACGGAGAAUUAUUUUUGAAAGGAAAAAAUAAACCCGACUUCAUUAAAAAGUUAGUCGACAAUCUCAAUUUAGCCUUUCAAAAAAAUAACUUGGCUAACUUUCGGAUAAAAAAACUCCCCGACCAAUUGAUAAUAAAUACCGAAAAUGAAAAAGAUUUAACUGCUUUAAUUCCGAUUUUAAAAAAAAUCUUCGGAAUUAGCAUUUUUUAUUUGGCUUACCAGUUAGAAAGUAGUGUGGAAAGCUUGGAUAAUUUUGUGAAAAAAUUGUUCGAUUAUUAUGAAAUUAAUUUCACCACUUUUAAACUGAGUAUUAGCCGUAAUGACAAAAAUUUUCCCAAAAAUUCUUCAACUCUCCAAAAAGAACUAGGAGAAAUUAUAGUCAAAAAAUAUCAGUUGAAAGUUAAUUUAAGCAACCCCCAAAAAAUUUUCUAUAUUCGUAUUUACCGAGAUUUUAUUCUCGUUUUUAGCGAAAGGUUAACCGGAUUAGGCGGUUUGCCGGUGGGUAGUUCUGGUCGAGCCUUGGUGCUCCUAAGCGGAGGAAUAGAUUCGCCGGUAGCAGCUUACCAACUAAUGAAAAGAGGAUUAGAGAUUGUUUAUCUACACUUUUAUCAGCAAACCGAAGGACAAACUAAAAUUUUUGCCUUGGGGGAAAAAUUAAAAUUUUAUAAUAAUUAUUCUAAUGAUAUUUAUUUAGUUGAUUCCCGAGCUUUUUUGACUGAAAUUAGGCAUAUUAGUCUUGAAAAAUAUCGCCUAAUUAUUUUAAAAAGAAUGUUUAUUCGUUACGCUUGUCGGCUCGCCCAAGAACUAGAAAUUAAAGCCAUUGUUACCGGUGAUUCUUUGGCCCAAGUGGCUUCCCAAACUCUUGAAAGUUUAGGAGUGAUUCAACAAGCCUCUAUAACUGCUUUCGAGCAAGUAGAAGUCUCAACUCAAAAAGUAAUUGAAUUAGGCACUUAUGAAAUUUCUUUAAAAACUUAUGCCGAUUGUUGUGCUUUGUUCGAACCCCGUUAUCCAAUAACUAGACCGAAAAAAGAAGUGGUGGAAAAAUUAGAAAAAGAGAUUUUUUGGGAGGAAAUUUUAGAAAAAAUAAUACUUAUCGUAUUGUUAUCCUCGGCAAAAACCACUGCUAAAAAACCAGGGCAAAUCGGAGAAGAAGAAACUUUAAGAAUAAUUAAAAACUUUAUUACAACCAAAAGAUAUUCUGAACAAAAAUUAGAAGAAUCAAGAAAGGGUUGUCCAGCAGUUGUUGAGCGAAAAGGUAAAAGGGGGGUUAAUCACAAUCUAAUUCUUUGUGUUAGAAAUGCAGAAAAGGGAGCGGUGAUUAGUCAUAAACUUAUUAAAAAUGUCAAAAAUGUAUUAUCUCUUAAUUCUUCAAUUCAUUCUACUACCAAGGAACUAGAGGAGUUAGGUUUAAGUAUAGAAGAAUUAGCAAAACAAAAGAAUGCAUCUUGGUAUCUUACUGAGAACUUGCCAACUGAUGCCGAAGAAGAGAAUUAG